UAGCGCUGCGCGCUCGUGCAGUUAGGUCCGCGUGGGUUUGUUUAUGUCUGUCAGAAACGACAGUUCGGCCGAAUUUAGGCUUUUAUUAAAAACAGUAAUGGUAUUUCAGAUUGUCUGACUGAACUGGAGCUGCAUAUUUAAGUCAGCAUGGACUCCCAUGGCAAGCAGUGCUCCUGCAGCGAUCACCGCCCCACCCCAAGUGUCCAUCAGACUCUUGAUGAGAUGGACUUUGAGAGAGGAAUAUGGUCAGCAGCUCUAGAUGGUGACUUAGAGAGGGUGCGGUCCUUUCUGGCAAAAACAUCUGACCCAAAUAUCAGAGACCAGUCCGGAUACACUGCUUUGCACUACGCCAGUCGAGCGGGACACCAGUCAGUAUGUGAGCUGCUCCUGGACCAGGGGGCCUGUGCUAAUUCUCAAACUCGUGGCGGGGCUACUGCCCUGCACAGAGCGGCCUACUGCGGCCAUCUCGCCAUCAUCCAGCUUCUGCUGACCCACAGAGCUGACCCCAGCUUAACUGAUGAUGAUGGAUCAACGUCUCUGCAUAAGGCUGCUGAGCAGGGUCACGUGGACGUGUGCGAGUUGUUGGUGAUGAACUGUCCUGCCUUGAGAAGCAUGAAGGAUAAAAGAUCACGCUUACCUUCAGACCUUUGCCUGAAGAACAGUGCCUUACUGGAGUUACUAAACCCUCAAUGACCUGCUGUGCUGCUUUGAUGCCCAAAUGAACUUCAGAUCCUCUACAAGUCAGUUUUGUACAAGCAGUGGGACCCUGCGUGAGGUUCUUCUUGGACUGCAGGAUGGAAACCAUCGCAGGAACCCCACUUAGGCUUGUGUCCAAGCAUGGAAAUAAAUGUUUUUGUUUAA